AUGUCACCCUUGAUUAAUCGACUGACAGCAAAUUAUUCGAAGAAAAGCCAUUUCUCCCUUUACACCCAUAUCAUCCAACCCAUCAAAAUCCUCGAGGAAUUAGGCAUUGACGUCUUUGCGGAUAAUCGUUACGAAAGCUGGGUACUUCAGACCACCAUUGCACGCAUGGAUGUGAAUGUUCGUGAGUUUGAGGCUUUUGAAGAUUACAUCAUUGCCAUCAAUCCACUCUACAGCUUCCUCAAUCAUAGCUGCACACCAAAUACUAAGGUCACCCUCCUUGACAGGACGGGAUCAAGCCUGUUGCAGCUAGUCGCCAAAAGGGAUAUUGAAGCGGACGAGGAAUUGACCAUAAGUUAUUAG